CCCUAUUUUCAAGUUCUCUUCCCUCUCCACUGCUUUCUCAGAUACCAUAGAAUCCUAGGAUAUGAGCCUGAAGAGGCGGCGGCUAAUCCCGGAUAAUUUUGGAUUGAAGAGGCGACGGGAGCGAGGGCCUGUAAACGCGGAUCCUCUGAGGGGCGAGUCAGGGUCGGCGCGCGAGGCGGUGGCCCAGCUGGUGCAGCUGUUCCCGCGAGCCCUGUUCGAGGAUGCGCUCCCGCCGAUCGUGCUGAGGAGCCAAGUGUACAGCCUGCUGCCCGACAGGACGGCGGCCGACCGGCAGCUGAAGGAGCUUCAGGAGCAGGGGGAGAUCAGAAUCAUCCAGCUGGGCUUUGACCUGGAUGCCCACGGGAUUGUCUUCACCGAGGACUACAGGACCAGAGUGCUCAAGGCCUGUGAUGGCCGACCGUACGCUGGGGCAGUGCACAAGUUUUUGACCUCAGUACUUCCAGUGUGCGGGGACCUCAGUUUCCAGCAGGAACAGAUGACUCAGACUUUUGGCUUUCGGGACCCGGAGAUCACGCACCUGGUGAAUGCUGGAGUCCUCACUGUCCGUGAUGCUGGGAGCUGGUGGCUGGCGGUGCCGGGAGCUGGGAAAUUCAUCAAGUACUUUGUUAAAGGACGCCAGGCCGUCCUUGGCAUGAUCCGGAAGGCCAAGUACCGGGAGCUGCUCCUGUCAGAGCUCUUGGGCCGGCGGGCGCCUGCAGCGGUGCGACUUGGCCUGAACUACCACGUACAUGACCUUAUUGGGGCUGAGCUGGUGGACUGUGUUGCCACCACUUCUGGAACUCUCCUCCACCUGCCGGACACGUGAGGAUUCUCUUGGUCAUUGUGCACUUCCUCAGAGCGGGGAGACAGUGGCCUGGCAGUAAUUCCCAAGGGCGAUUGAGUCAGGAUCACCUUGGAAAAACUUGGGAGCCGGGAUGAGUGACAGGCUGUCGUUGAUUUAAAGGCUCGAUGGGACUGCUGCUGUUUGCUUGGACUCCAGCCCAGUGUGGGGAUUUUGUGUAAUGCUUCCUCGCCCUUCUGCAAAAAUGGGGGCUGGGACUGCUACCCGUCCUGUGAAAGGUGCUAGAAGGUGGGGCUGCUGGGGAGGCUGGAGAAGGGCAGGGUUCCUUUCCCUAUGUGUUGAGCUGAAAUAAAUCCAAAUAAAGUACUUCUGCUUGUGA